AUGGGAAAAGUACAUGGAUCAUUAGCAAGAGCUGGUAAGGUCAAAAACCAAACCCCUAAAGCUCCAAAAUUAAGUAAAGGAAGAAGAUUAACUGGUCGUGCAAAAAAGAGACAAUUAUAUAACAAAAGGUUUUCUGAUUGUAUAGGAAGAAAGAAAGGGCCUAACUCAAGAGUAUAA